GGGAGGGGGCGGUUCCCCUUCCACCGCGGAGCCGGAUGUUUGCCUAGCUUUGACAGGCGUGGCAGAGGGAGCAGUCCCAGAGCGCGGUUUCUCUUCAGGUUCUGCUGUGGGGGACAGGCUUGGCCAUGGAUCCACUCUCAGAGCUGCAGGACGACCUGACCUUAGAUGACACCAGCCAGUCUCUGAACCAGCUGAAACUGGCCUCCAUCGAUGAGAAGAACUGGCCCUCAGAUGAAAUGCCUGACUUUCCCAAAUCAGAUGACUCCAAAAGCAGUUCCCCAGAACCUGUCACACACCUGAAGUGGGACGACCCUUACUAUGACAUCGCCCGGCACCAGAUUGUGGAGGUGGCAGGAGAUGACAAGUAUGGGAGGAAGAUCAUUGUGUUUAGUGCCUGUCGAAUGCCCCCAAGCCACCAGCUGGACCACAGCAAGCUCCUGGGGUACCUGAAGCACACGCUGGACCAGUACGUGGAGAGUGACUACACACUGCUCUACCUGCACCAUGGCCUGACCAGUGACAAUAAGCCCUCCCUCAGCUGGCUCCGGGAUGCCUACCGGGAGUUUGACCGCAAGUACAAGAAGAACAUCAAGGCCCUGUACAUCGUGCACCCCACCAUGUUCAUCAAAACCCUGCUCAUCCUCUUCAAGCCCCUCAUCAGCUUCAAGUUUGGGCGGAAGAUCUUCUAUGUGAAUUACCUGAGUGAGCUGAGCGAGCACGUGAAGCUGGAGCAACUGGGGAUCCCUCGCCAAGUGCUCAAGUAUGAUGACUUCCUCAAAUCCACACAGAAGAGCCCUGCGACAGCCCCCAAGCCCAUGCCACCACGGCCCCCCCUGCCCAACCAGCAGUUUGGGGUCUCCUUGCAACACCUCCUGGAGAAGAACCCAGAGCAGGAGCCCAUUCCGAUUGUGCUCAGAGAGACCAUUGCCUACUUACAGGCCCACGCUCUCACUACUGAGGGGAUUUUCCGGAGGUCGGCCAACACCCAGGUCGUACGGGAAGUGCAGCAGAAGUACAACAUGGGGCUGCCUGUGGACUUCGACCAGUACAAUGAGCUGCACCUGCCAGCAGUCAUCCUCAAGACCUUCCUUCGGGAGCUUCCUGAGCCGCUGCUAACCUUUGACCUCUACCCCCACGUUGUGGGCUUCCUCAACAUUGAUGAGAACCAAAGAGUAGAGGUGACACUGCAGGUCCUGCGGACACUGCCUGAGGAGAACUACCAGGUGCUCCGUUUCCUCACUGCCUUCCUGGGGCAGAUUUCUGCCCACUCUGACCAGAACAAGAUGACCAACGCUAACCUGGCUGUGGUCUUUGGCCCUAACCUGCUAUGGGCCAAGGAUGCUGCCAUCACCCUCAAGGCCAUUAAUCCUAUCAACACCUUCACCAAGUUCCUCCUGGAUCAUCAAGGGGAGUUGUUCCCUAGCUCCGACUCCAAGGGGCUGUGAGCCCAGCCCUGCCCCACUGGCCCCCUUCUCUGCUGGACCCAGUUUGGACUCGUCCUCCUGGCAUCAGCCUUACGGGAGCCCGGGGCUCCUGCUCGGGAAGGGGGCCAUGAAGGCCCAGGGAGAUAGAAGCUGGAGCCAGCCAAGCGGGCAGCUCUUUUUCCCCCUUCUGUGCAGCCCUGGAGGCCUCGCUGUUACCCUAAGACAUUUUUCUUCGCCUUAUACUUCUCACUGCCUCUCUGGAUCCCUGGCCCCUGCCAGGCUCUCCAGAGCUGGGCUUGGUCCUUCCAGCUGGAGGACUGUGCCUCAGCAGCCCCUCUCCUGCUUUGUCCUGCCUCUGGUUCCUUGGCAACUGUGGAUGACAGAAUUGCUGCCGGCUGGGCUGGUAGCUGGAGCUGGUCCUCCCCUUCCUGAUUGCUGGGGAGUGAAUAGCUGAGCUCCUUGGAUUCCCCCCCAUCUCCACCCCCCCACCAUGUGGAGGUGCCUCCCUGCCUUUUAGAAGUCCUGCUUCACGAAGGCCUGGAUGCAAGCACAAGCACCUUGCUUGCUCCUGUCCUCCCCACAGUGGCUCAGCCUUGAGCGUUUCCACAGCUAAGGAAUGACAAGGCUGGAGUCUUCUGCCUCCUUCUCUCCCAAGCAUCCUGGGUCAGCUCCUCCCAAGUGGUAGUGUCCCCAGGGUGUCCUAAUCCCCUGUUUCUGCCAGAACUGGCAGCUUGGAUGACAGGGCUCAGAGUCCCAGCAUCCACUGGAAAUAGACCCCCACUCCCACCCCUGAGAGCCCUUGUAAUGGUUGGAUCAAUGACAGGCAGUCUCAGCCCCUCCAUGCUUUGCCUCCUUUCCUAGGUGGACAGAUCCUCAGCCUGCAGGUUCUUGUGGGCCUGUCUUCUGCGGACUCACACUUGUCCCUGCUCUGGCCAGAGGUGACUCAGUGCCUCAGGAGCUGUGGUGGCUCCUUCCUACAGCUGGGGGACUGGAGGGUCAGGGUGGAGGCUGAGAAUGCCAGUAGGAGGGGCUGAGAUUUUGCUAAUAGGUCAGCCACUGUCAGGUGGUUCCUAGCAACCUCCCUGAGGGAGUGUGGGGCCAUGGGCCCUGUCGUCCUUCAGAAAACAUGGACCUCAAUGAUGGUUGGUAGCCUUCAUUCCAGCUGUGUCCGUUAGAAUUACACUCCUUCCUUCCUGAUGAACCCUGGGGAUCCCAAUUCCUGCAGCCUUGUCCCCUGGUAGCAGGGAAGUACAUGCAGUGAUUCUGCCCCCACAGCCAGGGCCAGGCAGGACAACUCCAGAGCCUGUACUGUGGGGAUCCUUACUGACCAGCAAAGCCCUAUCUGCAAGCCAGGUAGGGCCUGGGCCUGACCUCACUUGGAUCCCUUCCCAGGCCACUGGCAUAUCAGGACUCCUGGGGUCUGGAGCUGCUGCUGGUUCUGUCGGUCCCUGUGUCCUAGCCUGGGCCACCCUGCUCUCUGUUCUCCUUUGUGUAUCAUGUGUUGCUUACAGCCCCAUUUACUGGGGAGCCUUUUGCAUCUACCUGGGCUUUCUCCUGCCUCGCGGCACUGGUCUGUGCCUGCGGGGCACUUGUACUGUGAAUCCAGUGUUCACAUUCACACUUAAUGAAUUCCCUGACACCAAUCAUGUAUUUCACCAUUUGCACUUUUUGUAUUUCAAUAAAAAUGGAGAUGGAAAACUGC